AUGGCCAGCACUCUAAGCCCCAGCACCAUGGCUGGGACCCCAGAGUCCCCUGCACUGUCAGAGCGUAUCCAAAACCCUACGGACAUCUCUGUCAUUGUUGUGUAUUUUGUGGUGGUGAUGGCUGUUGGGCUGUGGGCAAUGCUGAGGACCAACCGGGGCUCUGUGGGAGGCUUCUUUCUGGCUGGCCGAGAGAUAGCCUGGUGGCCGAUGGGAGCCUCUCUCUUUGCCAGUAACAUCGGCAGCACCCACUUUGUGGGAUUGGCAGGGACAGGAGCAUCUUCAGGAAUCGCCACUGCAACAUUUGAAUGGCAUUCCUCGGUGAUGUUACUGGUUCUAGGGUGGGUCUUUAUCCCCAUCUACCUCAAGGCAGGGGUGAUGACCAUGCCAGGAUAUCUCAAGAAGAGGUUUGGUGGAAAUCGUCUCCAGGUCUACUUUUCCAUCCUCUCCCUCUUCAUCUGUGUGAUUUUGUCUAUCACAUCAAACAUGUAUUCUGGAGCCAUAUUCAUCAAGCUGGCGUUGGGAUUGGACCUUUACCUGGCAAUCUUCAUCCUCUUGGCUAUUACUGCUGUUUACACCAUUACUGGGGGCUUGGCCUCAGUGAUUUACACAGACACCUUCCAAGCCUUCAUUAUGUUGAUUGGAUCUUUCAUUCUCAUGGGUUUUGCAUUUGUUGAAGUUGGAGGUUAUGAGAAUUUUACAGAGAACUACAUGAAUGCCAUCCCGUCCAUAGUUGAGGGGGACAACCUGACAAUCAACGCCAGCUGCUACACUCCUCGGGCAGACUCCUUCCACUUAUUCCGAGAUCCUGCCACAGCAGAUAUUCCAUGGCCAGGAAUGAUAUUUGGAGCACCCAUUACAGCUCUGUGGUACUGGUGCACAGAUCAGGUUAUUGUGCAGCGCGGUCUGUGCGGCAAGGACAUGUCCCAUGUGAAGGCUGCCUGCAUCAUGUGUGGGUACCUGAAGCUGCUGCCCAUGUUCCUCAUGGUGAUGCCAGGGAUGAUCAGCCGCAUUCUGUACACAGAUAAGGUGGCCUGUGUGGUGCCUUCUGAAUGUGUGAAACACUGUGGCACUGAAGUUGGCUGUACUGACUAUGCCUACGGAAUCAUGGUGCUGGAACUGCUGCCUGCAGGACUGCGAGGCCUGAUGCUAUCUGUCAUGCUGGCCUCUCUAAUGAGCUCUCUGACCUCCAUCUUCAACAGCGCCAGCACUCUCUUCACAAUGGAUCUCUACACCAAGGUGCGGAAGCAGGCAUCAGAGAGAGAGCUCCUGAUAGCCGGAAGGAUAUUUAUUCUUGCAAUAAUUGUCAUCAGCAUCCUGUGGGUACCAUUAGUACAGGCAUCUCAAAAUGGACAACUGAUCCAUUACAUACAAUCGAUGGUUAGUUAUCUUGGAUCUCCAGUUGCAGCCAUCUUCCUGCUCGCCGUCUUCUGUAAGAGAGUGAACGAACAGGGAGCAUUCUGGGGUCUAAUCACUGGACUCGUGAUAGGCCUUAUUCGUAUGAUCGCAGAGUUUUCCUAUGGAACAGGGAGCUGCCUGGCUGCCAGUAACUGUCCCAAGGUUAUCUGUGGAGUGCACUAUCUGUACUUUGCCAUCAUUCUCUUCUCUGGGACCACAGUGGCUGCUCUGGGAAUUUCCCUGUUAACAAAACCCAUUCCUGACGUACAUCUAUAUCGCAUGUGUUGGGUUCUUCGAAACAGUACAGAGGAACGAAUUGAUUUAGAUGCAGAUGAGCAAAGGCAGGAUGAAACUGAGGAUGGUGUUGGAGAAGAUCAUUCUGAGCAAUCUCGUGGAUGUCUCAGGAAGACUUGGGAUUUAUUCUGUGGUUUACAGGAAACAGGUCCCAAGCUAACCAAGGAGGAGGAAGAGGCCCUUAGGGAGAAGCUGACCAACACAUCUGAGAGGCCCCUCUGGAGGACUGUGGUGAACAUCAACGCCAUCCUCCUCCUGACCAUGGUGGUCUUUGCUUAUGGCUAUUUUGCCUGA